AUAUAGUGAAAUCAAUCGGCGAAAAACCCCUCUUCUCUUCAUCAGUGUCCCCAAACCAAAACCUCUGCUCCGUAUUCCCCUUGCCGCCGUCCGCCGGACGAAGUGUUGUUCCUCUCCAUUUCCCUCUCUCAGUCUUUCUCAGGUGUUACGUUCUUCUGCGAAUUUGCCAUCGGAGGUCCGGCGGCGGAUCGGAAUUUUGAAGCAGGGUAGCGGCUUUCUCCAAUGUUACAGCGAUGCAGCACGGCGGUUUCUCGUGUCUCGAAGCUUGGGUCGACCUCUUCUAUGGAGGCGCUGCGGAAAGAUGCGAUCUUCACUCCACGGCAUUGGUAUGCUACGGCUGCUGCUACGGCUUCUGUGGCGCCUGCUCCUAAUGAUUCUACUGCCAAGGGAUCUCCUCUAAAAUCAGUGGUAAAUUUGGACAAAAUGUUCUGGUCGAAGCCAUGUUCUUUGGCUCUAGCUCCUGAAUCCCGGUUCAGAAUUGAAGAGCCCAAAUAUGAGGGAUUCCGUCAUGUUAUCUAUAAGAUGCUUUUGUUUUAUAGCAAGCAGAGCAAAUCGAUUCGGGGAGCUAAUGUGGUGUACCGAAGGAUCCUUCAUCAAGUAGAUAAACCUGCUAUUUAUGAAGUUUUCAAUUUGGAGAAGACCUUUAAGAUGACAUUUUCACUACUUGUACUUCACAUGUGGCUUUGCUUACGCCGACUAAAACAAGAAGGGAAAGAAGGUGCUGAAUUUGGUCAAUACAUUUAUGAGAGAUACAAUCACGAUGUGGAGCUUAGAGUAUCCAAAGAAGGGGUUAACCUGUUACUGACAAAAUGGAUGAAAGAGUUGGAGAAGAUAUUUUAUGGAAACAUUGUUGCUUAUGAUGCUGCCUUACUGCCCGAGGCUAAACCAGAUGAGCUGUCCAAGGUGAUAUGGAGGAAUGUGUUUGCUGACGAUGGCGAGUCUCAGCCAGAUGAUGCUGCAUUGCGCACAGUCCAGGCAAUGACAAGGUACGUUCGUCGAGAAGUCAGUUGUUUUUCAUUAACAGACAAAGAAGCCAUGUAUUCAGGGAACUUCAUGUUCACGUCCUUGGACAACAUUCCAUCGGUUUCAGCCAAGAGAUAAAGAUAAAGUAGAUGAUGUGAAGAUCUUUCAACUCCAUUAGAGGUUCUUCUACUAGAGUAGCUUUCAUUGUUCGAAACAGUCCUCUUCUUGCUUCAUGGAUUUUACAUAGAAUGUUACCGCUACUUGCAUACCAUUUCAUCAGCUAAAGAUGACAGGAAAGUGCCCCUUUUCGCCGGGAGGAGGCUCAAAUCCGGAGAACAAUAAUCAGACAUCAUGAUACUCUCUUUGUAGUACUAUAUUUUUCUGCCUCUUUUUCAUUCUCAUAUUCUUCAAUGUUGAUCUACGAUUCUUGAACCCAAUCAUUGGUGCAGAAGCUCUAAAGCUUCCAAUAACACAGGUCUAAACCUUGUAACAUUAAGCGUCACAUUCUGGUUCAGCAUGUAAAUGGGACUGAACUCCUCCCAUCGAAACGACGACGGGUCGGUGAAAACGACAUCGUCGGGCGGGUACUGCUUCACCAAACUGCUCUCUUCCCUCUCUAUCUUGUACUCCAAGUACCUCACCUCCAUACCCUUCGACGGCUCUCCGAAAUAGUUAGUCGCAAACCAGUCCACGGCAAACGGAACCACCUGGAUCACAACCGCAUCCUCCGGAAGAAAAACCAUGUUGGUAAGUCCCGCUCCGUGGAUUCCCAUCAUCACGUCGGCACGAUUGGCGAGCCUCGCCGAUCUCGAAACGUUCGAGUCGAG